AUGAAAUGGCUAAAUAAAUAUCGAAAAAAUCUUUGUCGUCGCUUCCCGGAAAUGAUCCCCGUCAUCGAGAGAGGUUUGAAACAAGCGCUGGAGGAAUGCAGAAGACAGUUUAGUUCGUACAGAUGGAACUGUUCGCCUCUAAAUUAUAAACAGGUGCUAAAUGAAGGUGGUAUUCUAAGAAAACGCUCUCGUGAAACGGCAUUGGUACAAGCUCUGACUGCGGCUGGUGUAAUGAUUGAGGUUGCCAAGACGUGCGUGAUGAAGAGAACAAAAUACUGUGGAUGCGGUGCACUGAAUCGACGAAUUAACAACGAAAUCUCGAUCCUUCAUGGUUGUUCUGACAACAUAAACUUUGGCGCUUAUUUGGCCACGAUUUUCAUGGACCCAAAAAGAGCCAAUACUCAUUCAAAAAAAGUAAAGCGACAUAAUCAUAUCGUUGGAAGAAGGAUUGUCCGUCAAAACACGCAACAAAAGUGCGACUGUCAAUCAACUUUAACGGGUUGUCACUACAAACUCUGCAGAAGAACUGUUCCCAAGAUCGAAACGGUUGGUCAGGAGAUUUGGAAGCUAUACCAGAAUCCAAUACGCUCAUUCUGGAACAAAACUAAUAAUAGACUUUAUAAAAGAGUGAGAUUGUCGCGAAAGAUAAAAACAGAUGGUAGCAAGGAAAUACAAGAUAAACUUGUUUUCUUUAAGAAGUCUGAGAAUUUCUGUGAGCCAAAUUAUUCCAUGGGCAUUGUUGGUACAUUUGGUCGUGCGUGUAAUCAUUCGUCUAACGGACACGAUGGCUGUGCUACGAUGUGCUGUGGACGUGCUUACAAAACAACGGUGUUGGUUGAAGAUGUUAAAUGUAAUUGUCGUUUUGUUUGGGGUGAUGUGUUUGACAUUAAGUGUGAGAUAUGUCAGGAGACACGAAUUGUGGAUAAAUGUGGCUAGUAAUUGGCCAUGUGUGUCCAAGAACGAUGUGUUAAAAACAGGAUGCUGUUUAUAGUCUCCAUGUUUAGUUAAUUGUUGUUCGGUUUUAUAUCUUGUUCAUUAUAUUGUUGUGA